GCAUGGACAUUAAUCAAAGAAUAUCUGUUUCCCAAGAAACUCUCUCAUCUCAUCUGCAGAUUAUUGUUGUGUUCUUCUUCUCCCCUUUCUGUAUAUAAACCCUGCAAUGCCCACAUUCAUUUCAUAUCAUAAAACAUUUUUCAAGAAAAUCUUUAGAACAGAAUUAACAAGAAAAAAAAAAAGAGAGUUGAAAUGGAUACAAGAAUGGGAGCUGCUCCUGCACCAAAUCAGGUUUUUGAGGAUUUUGUGCCAAGAUCUGAGUUUGUGACUGAAGCAGAUGCUGACAUCCUUCAGGUUCAUUUGCCAGAUUUCAAGAAGGAACAGCUGAGGGUUCAAGUAACCAGAUCAGGAAUCCUGAAGAUCAGUGGACAAAGGCCUACAUGGGGUGAUAAAUGGCUCAGAUUCCACAAAGAAUUCCCCAUUUCACCAAACUGCACCCAAAACAAGAUCACUGCAAAGUUUGAACGUGGGAUCCUGUUUGUGAGGCAGCCAAAAAUGAUCAUUGCAGAGAAACAAUUCCCUGCAGAGCCUCCAAAACCAUCUGCAGAUGAACAGCGAAAGGCGGGGGAAGAGCCAGCCAAGAAAGCCGAAGAACAGGCGAAAGCCGGGGUAACUGAACCUUCAACUCAGCCCCGAACACCAGCUCCCGGUGAACAGAAAACCGGGGAAGAGCCAAGCAAGAAAGCAGAAGAGCAGAGAAAACGCGAUUCAGAGGCGAAGAAAAGCGAGGGCUUCGUUGAAGAAGACGAGACGAAAAGCAGCAGCAAGAAGGGGUUAUCUGAUGCCAGAAAUGCAGCCAUGAUUGGGAGUUCUGGAAAUAACCUGGCAACAAUGCUGAGACAACCUAGGAGAAUCUUGAAUGUGGCUCUGGUGAUUCUGGUGGUGAUUAGCAUCUGCCUGUAUGUUAACAACAUGAUUAGAUCUUUCAGUGGAGCUGAAGAGUGAUCAUGAAACCACUGUUAUUAUCUCAUGAAGUGGUUGAUUGUGAAUAACACGGCUUACCAGUGUGAUUCAUUUUAUGUUUCUGAAAUGGAAUAAAAGAAAAUUUGGGUUCACAUCAUUCAAGAACAACA